UGAACGCAUCACAACAUGUGAAACGCGCCCGUAGCCACGCCCCUUCAUAGUAGGGCGGGGCGUGGCCGCUGCUUGGUUUCUGUUGAUGUCAAAAAGUUACACAAGCUGAAGGGGGGAGAGUUGUUACAAAAGGGCGGUUUCACAACUGUCAACACGGCUUCACACCUACAUUCACCGGUUCUACCUGCGAGCAGGGAGCGCUUCUUCAGAGGAACACCAGCUGAUGGUGCCAUCACCCACUCCUCCACGUUUUCUCUUUUCACGACAACCGUGGGAUUUCUGCGACCUCCCGCCUAAUAUUCCCAGAGACCAGUGAAUGGUGGGCAACAAGCGGCAUGUGAACGUGAUCUCCUCGGCUCCGGGUCUCCAAAAUAUCUCUCUGUGUCGUCCGUCUGCUUGGCCGUGGAUCUGUGGUUGGCUCCCGCCGCCUUCACGCCGCUCUCACCUACCGUGGACUGUCGUGGCCUGUUGAAUCAUCACCCACGCAACAUCUACCAGCAUCUCAGCCAUGGAGCUCAGCUCUGUGAUUUUAACCACCGGGAGCUCGGCGGCCCUGUUCAAGCUGGCGAACGCGGGGAUCGGCAGGCUUCACAUCCCGGAGUCAGCCAGCAGGAAUGUGUGGAAAUGGAGAAAUAUCUCCACGUCGUUCGUGCACAGCUUCAUCACGGCGAUCUGGGCUGUGCUUUGCUUUUUCCGACAUCCACAGAUGGCUGAGGAUCUGAUAGAAACUUACUCUGUGUUUUCACAUUCUUUGGUGUCCCUUUCUAUCGGUUACUUCAUCUAUGACUUCCUUGACAUGGUGUGCAACCAGAAGCUGAUUCAGUGUUGGGAGCUGCUCUUCCACCACGUCGUGGUCAUCACCUGCUUCGGCCUCUCCGUGGUGUCGUGUCGCUACGUGGGAUUCUCGGUGGUGGCCUUGCUGGUGGAGAUCAACUCGGUGUUCCUCCACCUCCGGCAGAUCCUGCGCAUGGCCAGCAUGGCGGCGAGCACGCUCUACCGCGUCAACAGCAUCAUCAACCUGGGCACGUACGUGGUUUUCCGCAUCAACACGCUGGCUUGGAUGACCCGCUGGCUGGUGCUCAACAGGGACAAGAUUCCCCUGCUGGCCUACACGCUGGGCAGCGUGGGCAUGGCCAUCAUGACCGUCAUGAACAUCAUCCUCUUCUGCCGGCUGCUCAGGAGCGACUUUUUAAAGAGCAGCACCCGGGAGGCCAAGAAGGAGAAGGAGAUGUAGAACUGUGCUCUGUUAGGACCUGGUGGCUUGGAUCCAGCACCGUUUAAGAGACGGAGAUCUGGGCUGUAAAUGUAACCGGACCUCCUCUGACCUCGCUGGAGGAAACUUCUUCCCCUCAGCUGCAGGUUUGGCAUUAGAGCUUGUAUGCUUCACCUCAUGAAGAACAUAAGACCUGUUAACGUGUUACCAAAUGCCUUAACGUCCCAACCAGAGUUUCAUCUUAAAAUGUAGCUGGGGAUGAACGCCACCUUUUAAACAGAUGCUCACACAGCCACUGGGAACAGAAAAUGUAAAAUAUCUUUAGUAACAUCAUAAAUAUAUCACUUAAUUCAUCUAGUUUAUGCUUUAUACACAUUAUGCUGUUUAUUAUUUUUUCUUUGUUGCUUUUACCCACUGAGUAGAUAAAUCAGUGGCGCCCUCUUAUGGUUUGCCUUUGGCACUGCAGAGGUGAAUGUGUUUUCCACCAAAUGUCCUCAGCUAAAAUCCGCCUGCUACCUCAGAACUGGUCCCUAGCUCCCGCUUUGCUGACAAUGUUGAUCACUUUGCUGAAAAUCUACAAAUGACUUGAAUCAAAAAUGUACUUACAGCGCCCGCUCUCCACAGGUUAUUUCAAGCCUUUUAAAAACGUGUAAAGACCUUAAAAUAAUUUCCUCUCGUCUUUGCUGCGUUUUGGUUCUUGCUGUUUCUCACUCUCAGAUGUUUUAAGCUUUAUUUUUACUCUGACUCUGGAUAUGGGCAGGUUUAGUUGAACACUGAUUUUCGUGUAAUCAUUUCCCAACUUUAAGAACAGAAAUAUGCAUCUCCCUUUCUUGAAUGGCUUGUAUUUACCAUUUUGAAGAGUAGCUGAGAGAAAUGAGCCGUUCUGCCAUCUUUAUACCCCAGAGAUAGAGAAAGUCAAGAUCCUCAGUGAUGUAUAUCUGUUUUUAUGCCAUUCUGGACAUAAAGGUGCAAAAUAUCAACCAUAAAUAUCUUGAAUAAAAGUCUAAAUUGUGAUGCCACAUUGACAAAAUUAAUUUUUGAUUGUUUAUUUUAGCGUGGAGCACAGUUAGCAAACUUUUAUUACCUUAACUUGGUUUGCAAAAUCUCCAGUUUAAGCUGAAUUUAAAAUCUACACAAGUUGUAAAAUUAUAUUUUUACUUAUAUUUUAAUUAUUUGGCAUUCAGACUAGGUAUAAAACUACACCAACUAAACUAAACCGAUGAGUCGAAUAUUGAAAUUACAACUAGAUGUGGCAAGUGAACAAUAAAGCUUGAUGUUCAUGUAGAAAUCAAUAAAAAAAUAGUCAAACAUUAAUAGAUUUAUGUCCUUUAAAAACAAAGAAAGAAAGAAAAAAGUCUGGAAAAUCAAAGCAUUUUACGGAUUCAAAUUAUAGAAGAAAAUUUGCUUUUUCCCAAACUGCUCAGGAACCCUGUUUCUUUUGUUUGUUUGUUAGUUUUUUUAUGAGUGAUUUUUCUCCCCCUUUAUGAAUGUAUUAAAUGAAGGUUGGACUUUUCUAAAUUUUCAUGUGAGAUCAACCCAGUGAAAUACAAGAGGCAUUUGAUUUAAGCAUUGUUACACAUCUUUACCAGGGGGGCAGUAAAUGUGGAGAACGCAGUAUUUAACCUUAAUGUAGAAGUAGAGCUUCUAGAAUAGGAAUGAUUUCAGGAUAAAUGCUUCAAACAAUUGAAAUUUCUUUCCUGAGCAAUAAAUGAAAUUACUUGAUGGUGGAUAAGAGCGCGGCACAUGCUAGCCAAGUCAAUGCUACAGCGUUUGUAAUGAAGAAAGAAAAACGGACAGAAUGAAAACAUUAAUAUUAGAUUUUAACUCUAAAAAUUGCUUUGAAAAAUGAAGCCAGCAUCUAUGAGAUUUUAAAUGAAGGGACUCGGUGAGUCACUUUCAGUGGUAAUCACUGCGGACGCUUCCAGGAACAGAAAUGACUUUAUGAGACUUUAAUCACAUUAUAGACACAUUAAAUGAGAAUUUUACCAGUACAUUGUGGAUUAGUGCAUGACACUCUGUAGUGAAACUUUCAUAGCUUUUAUUUAUUUAUUUUUAAUAAUAAGGAAUAGUCAGGAAAAAUUUAGAAGGAAUUGUAUAUUAUUGCCCGACAAAUUAGCACUGACAAAAAAAACCCAACAACACUCUGCAGGGGUUUUGACUCAACAGGCUCACUGGUUCAUCCACCACCGGAUCUCCUGUUUCCAUCUGUAAACACACUUGAACCCAGUGAAAUAGGAGCAAAUAUGUGUGUUGUACUGCGAAAUAACAUUAGUAGUUGUUCAUAUCAUUAGUAGUUGUUCAUAUUUGGUCAAUUAUUGUGCUAUUAUUUGCAGCGGUGGGUUUCAGUCUGCAGUAGGAGCUUUCAGACAGACGGGAGUCCCCGUUCUCCACAGAUAGGACAUUUCUGAACGUCGCCUCAGUGACCUCACACAGCCAAGACCACUGUGUGUGUAUUUUGUAACAUUUUAUAUAUAAAUGCCAUCCUGCCUUUAAUCUGAAGGAUGCUGAUAAGCUCUAAUAGAUAUAUUUCUGAGUUAGAGAACAAACAAUGUCUGAGAUCUGUGAAUACAGUGAACUGAGCUGCGUACUCUUCCAACUCUAAUCAUUGCAUUUUUUUAUUUUAUCCUUUAGAAAAAUGCUUUUUUUUUCCCCUCUCAGAAUCGUCGGUGUUUGCUUAAUUGUAUAUGUUUGUAAUUUAUUUCUACUAAUAAGUUAUGAAUUAAAACUGCAAUUGAUGUGGUAUGUAAGGUUUUCUGUUGUAAAAAGAAAAGUUUAUUAUGAUCUUUUUUUUUUACUGACUGUAACAUUGAGCUUCAUGUGAGUUCAGAUCAAAUUUGUGAACAUAAGGCAAAAUAAAAAAUAAAAAUAAAAAAAAAUCACCAGAUUACAAA